UCCGCACCAGUCCUCCCACCAAGGGAAAGUCCAUGGCAGUACUGGGAAUCGAACCUGGGUCGCCGGCCGCAGUGGGCGAGCGGUUCUAGGACCUUCCGUCUGGAGCCGCGCGACCGCUACGUUCGCAGGAUGGGUGACGGAACUCUGCAAGAAGGGCACCAAAAGCUGGGCGCGGAGUUCUGCGCGGCGUACUAUGACAACGAGGGCAGUUGGCACCCUGGCUUCUACUGCCGCAACGUGCAGGGGCAGGCCUUCUUCUGCUGCGGAGACGCCCACUACAAGUACUGCUGCCGGAAGCACGACCAAGUCCCGCAGCAAACCUCCAGUUUCACAUUGAUACUUGGUGUCAUUUUUGGAGCACUAGCUGCCAUCGUAAUUGUUAUAAUUGUCAGCUGUUUCUACUGCUCCUGUUGUAUUCUUUACAAGAAACGUCAGCCUGCCACCAAUGCUGGACGGUUGUAUCAGCUCCACUGUUCAUCUACAACUAGUGGUGUUGCCAACAUGUAUUCCUUAUCAAACCAACACAGUCUAGUCAAUGUUCCCAUGGAUACUGCUGUUCUGGUUGACCUGGAAGCAAGAGCAAUGACUGAUGGACGGCCACAAGUAACUAUGGCUCAUGGGCAUACAUUCUCCUUCCCAUCUCCAAAAAAUGCAACAAAUCAUGGAAUUAAGAAGGCUGACGGAGAACCAAAUACAGAGGAGGCAACCAUGAUUAGACCUGCAGCAGCACCUCCACCAUAUGAUGCGAACCAACAGUGUCUUCUUUCAGUUCAACCAAUUAUGAGGUCAACAUUUAGUCCCUGCUGCACGAGCACAUUGACAAGAAACACUGGGCAGCCUCCAUCAAUUCUUGAAGAAGUAAAUUCUGUUCUUUCCAGCUCAGCAACAUCAGAGGAAACUGGUGGUGGAAGCUCAUCACUUUCUGGCCUGAGCCCAUACAGCAUGCCAGUACCUAUAAAUAAAACUACAAAGGAUGAAAUACUCUACCACUCCACAAAGUUUUAAUAUGAUAAAUGUAAAAAUAUAAUUUUUAUAAACCAAGUGAGCCCUCCUGUAUUGAUAAUAGCAUAAAGUUUUUCAUAUGUUCUUUGUACAAUAUUUUAUAGUUUUCAAUAAGCAUUUUCAUCAUCUUUGUGUUGCUUAUAUUUGCAGCAAUUUAAAAAAAAAAUCAAAGGUAAAACAACCCUCCCCCCACCACACAUGCACAGUAUGUGUGUGUGUGUGUGUGUAUGUGUGUUUGUAUGUGUGUGUGUGUGUGUGUGUGUGUGUGAGAGAGAGAGAGAGAGAGAGAGAGAGAGAGAGAGAGAGAGAGAGAAGAGAGAAAGAGAGAUUCCCAUAUAAUUUUAAUUAUUCUUAAUUCCACCAUUUCAUUUGAAUCACUGUGAGACUAAAACAUUGAAUAAAAUUCCUGUCACCUUUCUUUAUAAAAAUAGUAUCUGUGAGUCUUACCAAACACACAUUCCUUCAUCCUACUGUCAUAUUAGAUAUGCAAUUUAUUUGCUUUUUAUGUUCUUCUCUUGUUUUUUUUAAAAAAAAAUAAAAUUUAUUUGUGGUUCCCUGUGACAAUAAAAAUCACAUUUUCCUUUCCUGGAACUGCUUCCAAUUCACUGCUAAAAUGCACCAAAAGAGAAUGAAACAUUACCUAAAAGAUCAUUGUAGUGUUGCAUUUUUCUUGUGGCAGGACAUAGUUUGUAAAAACAUACUACGGUAAAUAUCUGCCAUUCAUUGGAUGAUGAAGUAGCUCAACUGGAAUAUGACAACAUUUAAAAUCCUGUAAUGUUGUAUAUCACAAUUCAUUGUUUAAUACAAUGUCACUACUCAGAAUAUUGGA